UUCCGUGGUACCGUUUUCGCCCGGAGCUGGAAUUGGACUAACAAUAACUGGAGUCAGAUCGAAGUCCUGGGGGUCGGUUCAGAAAGUACAUCUCUAAUGGAAAUGGUGCGCGAGCGCGUACUCAUGCUGCUUCAACAUGUCACAAACACGUCCCACCACCUACGAGCUGACCAGCUCGUCGACAGAUUCACGCACUGAUCCAGCACUGCAACGGCUGCUAGAAUCGACCUGGUCCGAACGGCAUGAUGCUGGCGUUGGCUUUCGCUACCGUCUGCACAUAGAGCGUGAGCGUAUUGCGGAAGGAAAGUUCAACUUUCUCAUUCUGCUGAAUCGCAAACGGCUGACAGAGCGCCGGCAGCCGCAAGCAUUCCAGCUCGAUGCACCGUUCGAUCCGUCCCGGUUUAACUUUACCCGCGUCGAUCCGGCCGAGGUGCAGCUCGAGCUGUUCGCGCCGUCGCCGACCACGAUCCUGAUUAACAACAGCCCGGUGACGGUGUACCACUCGCUAGUCGUGCCCGAUCGGGCGGGUCAGCAUUCGCAGCUGCUCACAUCGGGCGGUGUGCGCGUAGCGUUCGAGCUGCUGCUGCGCCUGCCCGACCGACGGUACCGGAUCGGUUACAACAGUCCCGGUGCGCAAGCGUCCGUCAACCAUCUGCAUCUGCAUCUGCUCCGGAUCGAUACGGAGCUUUACGUGCAGCGUGCGGAACUGCUUCCCGUGCGUGGCACUCCGUUGCUGCACCGGCUGGCGGAUCAUCUUCCGGCCCAGGGGUAUUGCUUCGUGCUGCGCGACCCAACCACGGAGCUGGAGCACGUCUGCAGCGGGCUGAUGAAGCUGAUCCAGGCGCUAGCGGAACGGCAGAUGGCACAUAAUCUCUUCUGGAGCUGGACCGACCUGCACCGGGGUGGCGAGCUGCGGGCUCUUGUGUUUCCCCGCGUGACCCAGUGCGUCAACAAGGCGGCCUGCUCGUUCAAUGCCGCGUUUCUCGAGCUGUGCGGGUUCGUUUCCGUCGGUGAGGGGACCGAUUACGACCGGCUGACGGAGGACGCUAUCGUGCAGGCGCUGCGGGAAGCGCAGGGUGAUGUGUACGGUAUGCUGGACGGCAUAUUUCCCGUCGCUAGUGCCGAUUGAGCGUUUGGGUGGUUGAGAAAUUCAACCGGUGUUUUUAAAUACAGGGUUAGGAAUGUUGAAUGAUUUAAAGAAAAACAUAUUUUAAGAGAAAGAUAGUUAAGCAACCCCGCUUUAUUUGAGGUUAGUUAAAGGUUCAACCGUCGGUCACAAAGAACCGUGCCACUAGCGUUGUAAGUUACGCUUACGACCCCUAAUAGACACGUCUUGGCUCGGAUGGUGUUGGACCGGUACCCAAAAAUAGCACACUAAUACUAGCGCAACGCAAAAAAGGGUAUGAAGGCAGUUUUUCAUGCGUAAAAAUGCGGCAAUAGAGAGAGAGGGCAAAAAAAAAACUCCAAGUAAACAUUCCAAAAACUGUUUAGCCAA